AUGAUGGACACCAACGAGGUGCUCAUCAACUUGGCUCUCUUUGGCAGAACUCAAAGUGGAAAGAGCUCUGCUGGGAAUAUUCUUCUGGGAAGUACUGAGUUCCAUAGCAGCUUUUCUCCCUGUGCUGUCACCAAAGACUGUACCCUGGGCCGCAGCUGUUACCUCCACAGCUUCAUGCGCUAAGCAGACAAAGAGAUCACCCUGCAGGUGCAGGUGCUCGACACUCCUGGUUACCCACGCAAGCUGAGCACGGAGCAGGUGAAGCAAGGGCUCGAGAAGGCCCUGGAACAUCACUUUGGGAGAAAGGGUCUCCACCUGGCACUGCUGGUCCAAAGAGUAGAUGUGCCUUUCUGUAGACAGGAAGCUUCCUACCCAGCCCAGCUCAUCCAGAUAACAAAUGGAGAACUUCUGGGACAUGCUUGGAAGACUUAUACUGCUGUUCUUUUCACUCAUGCAGAAAAAACAGAAGAAGCUGGAUCCAGUGAAAAUGAAUACUUACGCAAGGCCUCUGAUACCCUGCUGACCCUCCUAAAUUCUGGACAGCAGGGAUAUGUCCUCUAGUACAAAAAAGCAGACUCCUUUAAUGAACGAAAAAUGAAAAUCUUAGAAAGAAUUGUGGAAUUUAUAAAAGAAAAUCAUUAUCAAGGUCUUGCCUUUAAAUAA